AUGGCUGCAAGCAUCCCGCCAGACAGCCUCCAAUCAGAACAGACAUCAUCAUUAGUAUCCCAGGAAACAAGCGCCGAAAAACAAGACUACAACCCCGAGGUUUGGCACCGAAAAUUCAGAAGUUUUAGUCCCUCAGAGAGGUCUGACCCCAUCCAGGAUCUGAAGCAGAUCUCCCAGCUAUGCUCGCUGUGGUUGAGGCCGGACCUGAACAGCAAGGAGGAGAUCCUGGACCGGCUGGUGCUGGAGCAGUUUAUGAUCUCUGUGCGGCCAGAGCUGCAGGCCUUAGUGAGGGAGAGCCGAGUGAAGAGCUGCAAAGAACUGGAGAAACUACUGAGGAGCGGCGGGAAACCGCGCCACUGGUCUAUAAUCCACUCCCAAGGACAGGUGUACCUCCUUCGGCAUCCCUAUGCUAAAAAUGCUGCAGCCGUGAAGAAUGGAUGGAGUGAUGUGAGAUGGUCCCCGGAGCACCUAUCAGAGAGCCAGGAGCCCCCCGACAGAGGCCCAGAAUUGCAGAAUCUGCCGGAGACUGAAGAGCCGUCCACCAGUCAGGAAGAGGAAGAUUUUCUGGAGACGGUUCCCGGGAGCAGAGAGACAAACUACCUGAGACCUGAGCUGAACCAGGGCAGUGACUUGGUACAGGACUGGGAUGUCCUGUUUUUACCUCAGGACUCUCAGCCGACACAGGGUCCUGAUUCUCUCCAGGUAAAAGCUGCCUCAGGGAUGCUUCAGGAAGACACAAACGUGGAUGCUGCUACAUGGGCCACCCGUAUUCUAGCAAAAAGGGAUACAGCUGUGAAUACGGGUCUUCAGAGGCUUAGUAGCUCCAGUGCAGACAGCUUGCCCACUCCGCAGGGAAAGGCCUCCUGUGUGGGCAAUACAGAAGAUGGACAGUUAGCGGUCGCUACCCCACGGCCUGAAGAGUCGGUGGUUCAUCUCGCUGGCCCGGCUCGGUUUGGGUGCAGUCAAUGCAACAAGAGUUUUCUUUACAGGUCUCAGUUUAUUAUCCACCACAGGACCCACACAGGGGAGAGACCCUUUCGGUGCCGCUCGUGCGAAAAGGGGUUUCUGCAGUCCUCAGACCUCCGGGUUCACCAGCGCAUCCACACAGGCGAAAAGCCUCACCGGUGUAGCAUCUGCAGCAAGGCGUUUACCCACGAGUCCUCCCUGCUGGGUCACAUCAGGACCCACACGAAGGAGAUGCCGUACCUGUGUGAGAGCUGUGGAAAACGCUUCAACCACAAGGGCAACCUCAACGUCCACGUCGGCAUCCACAGCGACUCAAGACCCUACAAGUGUCUAGAGUGCAACGCCGCUUUUCGACAGAAGGGGACGCUGAUGCGACACGUGAAAAUCCAUUCGAGAGCGGUGCCCCUGUAA